UAUUGAAAUUAAAAUUGCGUACAUACAACAGAUGUUGACGCCUUAAUACUACAUACAUCAAUCGAUUUGGCGGUAUUUGAAAAGUUUAAAAUGACGGAAAACAUAAUUUCAACAUCCUCACACAAUGGAAACUCAAGCUCUGUAUUAACGCUGAAUGACUGCAGUUCAAGAACUUAUCUAACUGCGAAGAAACAGCUUGAUGAUGAAUACAACCCAGAGCAUUAUCGCGAUCAAGUUAAUGGUCAGUCAUCAGUUGGCGCUUUUGUGCAUCUGCUUAAAGGUUCUUUAGGUUUCGGUAUACUCUCCAUGCCGAUGGCUUUCUACAAUGGUGGCUUACUCUUCAGUAUGGUUGCUACGCUGAUUGUGGGCUUGCUUUGUACGCAUUGCGUACAUAUUUUGGUCAAAACCUCACAAACCAUUUGUCGAGACAAUAAAAUCUCGGCGCUGAGUUUUUCGGAAACCACCGAGAAGGUCUUUGAAGGCGGUCCAAAAUGCCUACGUCCGUGGUCAGUCGUUGCAAAACGUUUCGUAGAUGGUGGACUGAUGGCAACCUAUUUUGCGGCCGCUUGCGUUUACAUGGUGUUUAUUGCCACAUCAUUUCACGACGUGAUCAACUAUGACACCGGUCUGAAUUGGGAUGUGCGAAUUUAUAUUGCAUUCACCGUUAUACCUUGCCUAUUAAUCGGUCAGAUAAGGAAUUUAAAAUGGCUAGUGCCUUUCUCAGCAUUUGCGAAUAUUUUCAUUGUGAUCACAUUCGGCAUAGUGCUGUACUAUUUGUUCAGCGAGCCGUUGGUGUUCGCAGACAAGCCGCUGAUUGCGCGAACCGAACAGAUACCACUCUACUUUGCCACAGCCAUCUUCGCCAUGGAGGGUAUUGGCUCGGUUAUGCCCAUUGAGAACUCGAUGCAGAAGCCGCAACAGUUCCUUGGCUGCCCCGGUGUGCUCAACAGCGCUAUGAUCUUUGUGGUGAUAUUCUAUUCGGUCAUCGGUUUCUUAGGCUAUGCACGUUUUGGUAGUGAAGUGCGCGGCAGUAUCACAUUGAAUUUAGUGGACGGCACACCUUUGGCUGACACUGCAAAACUGCUAAUCGCUGUGGCUUCGCUCUUCGCCUAUGGUUUGGUAUUCUACAUACCGUUUGAUACGCUUUGGAAGAAUAUUAGCCAUAAAAUCAACAAAAAGAAUCAUAAUAUCGCUCAGAUACUGAUACGCACGGCCAUUAUAUUGAUUAGUGGCGUUGUGGCCACAGUCAUACCCAAUCUGGAACCGUUCAUCAGCCUUGUGGGCGCCAUCUUUCUCUCAUUACUCGGCUUUUUGGUGCCAAGUGUCUGCGAGACCGUUUACUUGUGGCCCGACCGCUUGGGCUUCUGGAAAUGGAGGCUGUACAAAAAUUUGCUCUUAAGCACCUUUGCGGUAUGCGCGCUCGUUGCUGGCUCAGUAGCGAGCAUAAAUGAAAUUAUUAAAAUUUAUCAGUGAUGCACAAAGUUAAGGCUUAUGUUUAAGCUCAAAAUUAUUCACAUAACUGUAAGGUAUCCAUAUAACAGUUAUAAUGAAAGUUCUGUAAGUAGCCAGUCAGCAGCAAAUUUUCAAAGUGUUAAUUCGUUUUAUACUGUUGUUAAAGUUAUGUUAAGCAGCUGUGAUUGAAAAUUAUGAAAGUAAUUUUCAUGUUAUUGCAUUUUAAUACAAAGCGAUUCUUUUUAGAAUCUUCAUGAAAUUAUAAAAAGUUGUUAAAUUUAUAUUUACCGUAAGAUUGUUAAUGUCAUUAAAUAUUAAGCCUAAACUUUAGCUGUUUCAAAAACGUAAACAACUUAAAAAUAUGUUCCAAGUAACAAUAAAUACGUUAAGAUGUA